AUGGGAGACAUGGAGUUCGCUAAAGCUCAUAAUUCUGCAAUUUUUCUUGAAGAUCCUCCUGCAGCCCACGGUGACUUGAAAUUCAUUGUGGAUGGUUUGAAGAAAUCAUGCUUGGUUCAUUGCUUAACUACAACUCCUGCUAUAAACCAAAGUUUGUUCAAGGAUUUCUGUAGAAAUGUUGAUGUAAAGAAGAAUGAUCGAGGUGAAAAAUUUCUGGAAACAACAAUCGAAGACAAGAAAAUUCUAGUCACAGAAAGCAUCAUCAGAGAAUCUCUUCAAAUUGAGGACAGACCUGAGUACCUCAUGGAGAUUGACAUUCAUCAAAUUGAGAAAAUUUUAGAGCAUAUGGGAUACGAAGGAACUUUUCCUCCUACAAUCAAAAAGCUGCUUCCUCCAUGCUGGAAGCUUUUGGCUCAUGUGUUCGUGAGUUGCGUUUCUGGCCGGAGAUCAGGAGCUAACGAGAUUUCUCUAGCCAAUACUGGUGCCAUUGCUGCAUUGGCAGUAGAGGAUGUCAGAGAAGAAUCAGCAGAUCAAUCCAUGCCGAUGGAAAAUGAAGAUACUCAUCACUCUCUCUCCGAGCCUGUAGUGGAGGAGAUUCAUCACUCUCCCACAGCUUGUGUAGCUGAUGAGCAUGAUUAUCAGAAAGCAAAUGAUUCAAUAUCUUCUCGAGGGGAUGAUGACGAUGGUCUUUAUGAAGAUGUAGAGUUUUUGAAAGAAAUCGACUUUACAGGAAUCAAUGAUGACAUUUGGUUGUGA